GUGUGUGUGUGUUUAAUAUGUACCUAGUUGUGCACCUUGGUCUGGAGAAGCGUUUGGCGAUACACAUGACUUGAGAAUUUGUGAAAUUGUGCACUUUGGUAGGAAAAAAGAAGUGUGUUAUCUAAAUAAUGAGUGAAUGAGGUACAGAAGGGCCUGGGUGGUAGUUGUGUGGGAUUCACAAAAUGCUGGCAUGUAUAGAACUAGCCAAUCGACUAUAUAUCGACUCCAUAGAUGUAUAUUCAUCUCCAUAGAUGCUGCCUGACCUGCUGAGUUUCUCCAGCAUUUUGUGCGUUUAUUUAACAAUGUUACUGGUUAUUGUGAGGAGAAUUAAAUAUGAGGGCAGAGAGGUUUUACUGCAUUAGCAGAACAUUGGUGAGUUUGCUGUUCUCCAUUAGAUUCUAUAUUUAUGUAAGAAUAUAAAUAACAUUAAUUUCUUUAUUUUUUCAUUUUCAAUCUCUUUUUAUUGAUUUAAAAAUAUAUGAAUAGAUACAAACCAGAGAAGUGAUAUCAAAUAUAUAAUACAAUAAACAUACAAAGAAAAGGAUAUAUAUACACUGUCAAAAUCAUGUAUAAUAUAAUAUUAGACUAAUAUAUUAUAAACAGAGAACCACACCUCCUCUUGACAAUUCAUAAAAAAAAAUGAUUGGAAAUUUUCUAUUUAUAAGAAGAAAAACCCCACUAAGCUAACCUCAAACAGAAAAAAACGGACUGGGCGGUUUGAGGAUAAAAUUACAAAAAAAGAAGAAAACAUCCUUCUGGUCAAAUCUGAAACUUCGCAGAGGGAGAAAAGAAAAAAGAAAAAAAAAUUACCUAAAAAAAAUUGAAAAGAAAAAAAGAAAUUAGAUCAUAUGAAAAUAUUGAAUAAAAGGUCACCCAGGUUUGCUCAAAUUUGAAAGAUGUAUCAAAUGUCCGACUUCUAAUUCUCUCCAAGCUUAAACAAGGCAUAAUGGAGGAGAGCCAGGAAAAAACAGUAGGUGGAUUAGGAUAAAAUCUCCCAGCCGAUAAAGUUGAAAAGGCUAUCACAUGUUGAGCUCCUGCUUCCUUUGGAGUAAUCCCAAAGAUUGCUGUAAGUGAAUUAGGUUGUAAGUCCACACCUAUGCUCAAACAAUCAAACCUUUAACUUUGAAUUAUGAAACUGACUGGUGGAAAAAAUUGAAAGUAGAAUUGGCUGGUAAGGACUCAUAUGCAAAAAAAGAGUGCUGAUGGAGGUUGGGACAAUUGUGGGGUGUGAUGUUGGGCUGAGAUGCAAGAUUAGAUUGGAGUCUAGUUGGAGUGGAAUGGUUUCAGAGCACAUAAGCCUAAAAUAUUAAAGGGGAGGGGGAACGGGAUAGAUAUAUGUUAACGUUACAUGCUGUUUGUGAUCCCAGCACAGAAAUGGAAGCUGCUGUGACUCCUGGUGUUGAUAAGGAGCAGCAGCACGACGAAUAAGAACUUUCCGGAAAAUUAAUGGGAGCCUUAGAGCUUACAGUAGCAAAAACAGACAAGGGUAGUCUCUGUUAACUAUUUUGUAGAAGGCCUCAACUUUCCAGUAAAGAGCUGCUUUGGCAUUGAUGUCCAAUGUAAUAGUGGUACUUGAACAUGCAGAAUAGUUUUGCAGAAUGGAUUCAGGAGCUGAACAUCGUCCCACCUGAAUUCACUGCAAACGUCAAGCAACUUUGGUGCGUAUGAAUAUUAUUCCACAGAGGCUCACCUCAGACUCAUGAAGACUACUGAAGCAGGCAUCAUAGACUACCUGUGAGCAUGCAGUAUCCAUCUACAGCCCGUACGUAAAUGAACCCUGAGGUCUAAUUUUGAUCUAGUCUUGGGUCUACCCAUUCUGAGGUGGACACUGUUUACGGAAUGUGACUGUAGCCAGCAGCUGCAAUGCGAUUUUCAUCUCAGUGUCACGGUAAUCCAGUACAUCCCUUUUCCAGCUGCUUCUGUGAUGACAAGUUGAAGGUCCCAUUCUUGUCCCUUGCACAGCACCGGGGGCAGGGCCAGCUCGCGUUCCUGUGCUGAGAUCACACGCAAAGAGAAGAAAGAGCACAAAGCCUCCCUAACUAUUCAGCCAGAUCCUGUCAACCACCCCCUGGCAUACUUGUGGCAGGGGUCUGCCAGUCCUGCAUGCAUUUUAUCAGGCAUUAUAGAACUAGAUUGAAAGCAAAGCUUGCACGGUCCUGAGGGAGUAACAUUUCCCUCUGCGUGGUUUUGAGCCCCUUGAACUCGGAAAGCGAGGAAUCCCUUCGUUUCCCCGUGUAAUUGGUUCCGACUGCAACCACAGCUUCAAGCUAAUUUCUCCUCUUUGUGGUUAGGUUUCCAGUGUAAUCUAGUGAAUUGCCAGGAGUGCAAGGAAAUGUUGGCUUGCGGUCUGACAUUCUCUAGUGCGGAAAGGAAUGGAAAAAAAAGCACACACACAUCCUUUCAUUCUGCUGUGCUGGGCCUUGCUUGGUGAAAGGUUGCUGAUUUGUUUGCACUUCCAAACGAGAUGAUUGCCUCAGUUGUAUAACCAAAGAGAUGAGUCUGACAAAGUGUGAAAACCUCCAGUUUCAAGCUGACUUCCUUGACUCACAUUAAAUGCUGAUGCAAGCUAGAAUUGAAUUAACAUGGACUAUCACAGGUCCUACCGUUGUUUUAUUAUUAAAUAUAACAUGAUGUUAUCAUCAUAGAAAAUGCCUGAAAGCCAUUACAUUCUCUGACAAUAAGUUCAAAGCUUGAUUUCAAAUUUAUACUACAUUAGGUUGAUGAGCUGGCUCUGUAGAAGUUCGCGCUUCUCAAUCCAUGAAGGCAGACCUGAGAAAAUUUAGUAAUUUACUUUGAUACCUGAAAUUCAGGAGAAAUUAUCAUAUAUAUCAGCAGUAACGAUGACAAUCAAGAUCAUGCAACAGCUGAGUUCUGUAUGUAUAGAUUUAUUCCCAUAGAAUAAGCAUUAGGCUAUUUGUGGAUUUCAAAUGCCGAGGAGACUGAUUAUCUGAUGAGUUUCAAACCUUUGAUGAUGUCCUUUAUCAUAUCCUAAGCAACCUCACGUUUUACCAUAUAAAAGAAAUAAUUACUCAGUAAACUUACCCUUACUGGCAGAAAGGACAAUUCCUUUUGACACUGGUGGCCCACCCAACCACAGAGAUUUUCCCACACCAGAAAUUGAUGUGAAGCAACAUUCUUUCGAAGGAUCUCUGAAAAUUCUAUAGAGUAGAGAUCUUAGGAUCUACGUAAUCUAAUUGGGCGAUAUGUCAACCUUGCUUUGUCUGGAGGAAAUUAUGAACUGAAACCUCACAAACCAAACCUCAGGACUACUGCGUUUGUCCCAUCCUAUCUAACACCAUCAGAACUUCAAUGAAUUGCAAAGCAUGUGUGAAUUGGGUAUUUUUGCAAAGCUAAAAAUAUACAAGUGGCAGGUAUAAAUGUAAGCAGAACAUUGCUGGGCAUCAGUCUUCCUUGAGCCAGAUCUGAGAAAACACGCAGAUACUUAUUGGUCCUUUAUCGACUUGUUGAUUUUGAAUCAUGAUACUUCUGAGAUAUUUCAUUAUUGGGCUGGCAGGCUGUCUGCUUUCAGAUUCUGUAUGGGGUGCCCCACUGCAAUCGUUGACAGAGUCAGUAGAUACUCUAAAGGGUGCCUUUAACAUAAAUCAUCAUGAGGUUGCUGAUGGAGGAGCGAAGUUAUUUAACAUAUUUCAGAAACAUAAAUCGAAGGCUACUGAAUCAGGCAUUAUGCUGAAUGCCAUUGUGAGAUGGUAUAUAAACUUCUUUGAAAAUAUGAAGCCUCAUCAGAAUAAUAACACCAAGCUAGCCAUCAACACUGUUGCAAAUGGCUUGCAAGAGUGGCUGCAAUCUGACAAGUACUUUUCUCUUCUCAAUGACCUCAAGGAAUUAGAGAAUAUUAAAUGGGACGAUCAGUUGAUACAGCGUAAAGCAAUUCUUGAACUUGAGAUAUUUCUAUCAAAAAUGCAGGAGAUGGGAAAAAGAAGGCGCAAGAGGAAUAUGUUCAGGAGACCAAAGCCUUGAAGAUAAUUUACUGCGGUUGUUGUGUCAUGCCCGGCAUGUUUGUAAUAACUCAAAUUUAGUUAUAUUUAUUUUUAAUUUAAUUAUUUAUAUUUACUGUAUUGACAAGUUUACAAUAAUAUUAUUAUAAUCGCUGCUCUUUUGCAUUAGUGGACUUUGACUAUUUAUUAAUUAUGUAAAUAUAAUUUCUAUUGAAGGUGAAACUUUUAUUAAUUUGAGUACUACUUCAAUUUGGCAGUCACUUAUCUAAAUCUAUUUGUACUUUUGAUUAAACAUCCUUAACUGCAUGAUUCUCAUGAUAUAAAUUUUGGCAAGUUAGAGUUCAGGUAGAAUUCACAACUACCUGGUAUGAUCUUGAAAAAUUUCAGGGACACACAGAAGAAAUAUUGAUUUUUUUCCAUCAAAGAGAGACUGCUAAUUUUAGUUUGUACUAAAACCUAAAUAUAAAAGUUUCAUCUUUGA